AUUACAAAAUAAAUAUUAGUUUCAUUCACGUUUUGUCAAGCAACAUUAUGUGUAACGCGUAUGCACGCAUAACUUCCUUUCCGCUUGGAAGUCUCCUAGUGGCAUUGAUAACGUUAUUCGUAAGUCAACCACAACGUUAAAAUGUCAGGAGGUCUAGAUGUAUUGACCCUCAAAGAGGAUGAUGUUACCAAAAUGUUAGCUGCGUUUACGCAUUUGGGUGCAGAGAAUAUUAAUUUCCAAAUGGAACAAUACGUGUACAAGAAGAAAAAUGAUGGUGUUAGCAUUAUUAAUCUGCGUCACACGUGGGAGAAACUGUUACUAGCAGCUCGUGCCAUUGUCGCUAUCGAACAUCCCAGCGAAGUUUUUGUCAUCAGUUGCCGUCAGACUGGCCAGAGAGCUGUUUUAAAAUUUGCACAGCAUACCGGUGCCACGCCCAUUGCCGGUCGUUUCACACCCGGUGCCUUUACCAAUCAAAUUCAGUCUGCUUUCCGUGAACCACGUCUAUUGAUCGUUACCGAUCCAUCCACCGAUCACCAGCCUAUCACCGAGGCCAGCUACGUGAACAUUCCAGUUAUUGCUUUUUGUAACACGGACUCGCCUCUUCGCUUCGUCGAUAUCGCCAUUCCCUGCAACACAAAGAGUCUCCAUUGCGUUGGACUCAUGUGGUGGUUACUGGCGAGGGAGGUACUUCGACUGAGAGGUUCUAUCGCCCGUGAAAGUAAAUGGGACGUUGUCGUUGACUUGUUCUUCUACAGAGAUCCAGAAGAGGCUGAGAAAGAAGAACAAGCGGCCAAGGAAAUCGCGCCAGUCAAAGAGUUCACAGGACCGGUCGAGGUUCCGAUCGCUGCAGAACCUGGUUGGGCCAAUGACGUUGAGACAACAGGUGCGAUUACCACUGAAAAUUGGGCGGACGACGUUGCAACGCCAACUGCAGCCGCUGUUCCAGCUGCUACUGCUGCCCCAGCUUUCCAGGCAAGCGGCGAUUGGGCCGCUCAGCCAUCGGAGGAAUGGACUACAACUGCUCCAGCCACUACCAACCAGAGCUGGGGAGGUGCUACGACAGAAAAUUGGUAAUUUUAUCUUCUUCGAGGAUUUCAUACACUGACACACUUUGUGUAAUGAAACUAAUAAAGUGAUUGAAAAUUUUUACUAA